GAGCCUGAGGACAAAUACUGGGGGGCACCAGACGAAGAAGGGAAUUGGAAUGGAAUAAUUCGACAACUAAUGGACGGGGAGAUUGACAUUGCCGCUGCCGGCCACACCAUCACCGGAGCUAGGGCAUCCGUGGUCGACUUCGCCGAUGCCUAUUAUUUUGAACCGGCCAUCAUCAUGCUGAAGAACCCAGGCGAAGGAAGCAAAUUGUUAGUUUAUCUCCAACCACUUCAUAAAUAUGUUUGGCUAUGUAUGAUGUUUGUUAUCCCAGCCAUGGCUCUUGUUCUCUGGCUUUUCACCAAGUAUUCGCCCUUCUACACCAACCAGGAUGAGAGCUGUUACCCGCAGGCGGUCAACAUGCAGAGAUACUUCCCCUGUUUUUGGUAUAUGUACGGUGCUCUGUUAACUCAGGGUGGGUGUGACGUGCCCUGUUCAGUCAGCGGCCGAAUCCUCGUGAAGGUCUGGUGGAUCUUCGUCCUCGUGAUGAUGGCCACCUACACCGGCAACCUCAUUGCUUUCCUGACAGUAACGAAAGUCAGUUUACCUAUUACGAACCUCAACGAACUGGCUGAGCAGAGCAAGCUGGGUUAUGGGACGGUCAGGGGAAGUGCCUUGUGGAACUUAUUGAUGAAGUCAACGAAAGGCCCCCCUCAACGAGUCUGGGCAGGAAUGGACAAAGAAAACCAGCCCGACACAUAUGCUGAUGGAAAGAAAAUGGUGCUUGAAGGCAAAUUUGUCAUGAUUGCUGAACGGUCCUUCUAUGAAGACGAAGCGGCCAACAACUGUGAUUUGAAGAAAGUCCCAAAGAAGGAGUUCUUCUUUGGGAGUUAUGGUAUUGGCGUGCCGAAGGGGUCACCGCUUAAGAGGAUGUUUUCAGAACAAAUCCAGCGGAUGAUUGAAACUGGCCUCAUGAACAAAAUCAGCAAGAGAUGGAUACCAAGACAGAAAUGUGCCGGUCUGACGUACAGCAAAUCAAAGCCUGCCAAACUCUCCGACACCCAGGGCGCCUUCUACGUGUGCGGCUUUGGGCUUAUUGGUGCUGUUGUAGCCUUUGCAGUGGAGUUGGCCUAUUUUUACCUGAAACGGAAGGACAAGGCAAUUGUGCCUGGUAGCGCAGAUAGUCAAAACGACAAUUUUAGAACACGAGUGCAACCAUUUAUAAUCCAUUAGUGGUAAGUGUUGUAUUUGGUGGACCGGUUUUCCAACACUGCCACCGGCAUGUACUUUAUAGUUCAACCCUGGUAUUUGCUUACUUCGUCACUUGUCAUGUGGACAAACUAAUUUAAAAUAUUAUGCAAACUGUAAAUCAACAAAACUUUAAAUACAUUAAUAUGGUACGAACGUCAUGACGUUAUUUGUUUGUAAGGCACUCAGUGUUGACAUCUAGUAGAUGGAUUGUCCUCAUUGAUCUUAGCUGCUUAAAUAAUAAAUUGUCCAAAUUUAUUUCACGAGGUGUAUUUAAAUAGGUGUACGAAAUAAGCUGUGAAUUUUUCAAGACCUGGAAAUUGCCCAAGUAACAUGAGUGCAAUGAGUAUCACCUAAUUAGUGUGGUGUACCUUAAGAAGCUCGCAGAGUCACUUGACGGAAUUGAAAAUAAAAUCUAAGGAUGUCAAUACCAGACAGUGUCAAGUACCUUUUUUGUGACGCCAAAAUUUCACAAAUUUGCCUGGUGAGCGAUUAAAAAUUACAUUUUUUGCCAAAAUUCAAUAGUUCAUGCUGUAGUGUUGAAAUUUUCACACCUUUUAAUUUGCGUUAGACAGUACUUUUGCGAAAAUAAAAAGCUAGAGAUAAUUUUACUGUUUGUUUGGAGGGGGAAGGGGUCAUGCAUUGUCAUAAUUUUGUUUGUUGUAAAAAAUGUGGCUUUUCUGUUGUUAACAUUGUUCCAGGU